AUGGAGCAUCAGCCAACUUCAUUCAGUCCUUCUGUCCCUCUAUCAUCUUCAUCUCCAAAACCUGGCCAGAGCAACUUCAGGAGGAUCAGCCGCACAGAGGACAGCAGCCCCUUCCCGAUUCCCGGCCUCGCAGCAGACAUCCUGCACAUGCGGGUAAAAGAAGGAAGCAAAAUCCGAAAUUUACUGCGUUUUGCAACAGCCCGCAUGCAAGGGGAGGGAAGAGACAGCAAGGGGGCAUCACUGAGACAAGUGGUCUUCAGUGGCUCCGGCAGGGGAGUCACCAAGACUAUCACCUGUGUGGAGAUCCUGAAACGUAAAAUGGGAGGGCUCCAUCAGGUGUCCAAGCUCUACUACAAGACAGUCAACGAGGUUUGGGAGAGUCCUCAACAGGGAGCACCAGGUAUAACCAUGGAGAGGACAGUCCCUGCCAUCUGCAUCCUGCUCUCUAAAGACCCUCUGGAUCCCCAGGAGCCUGGAUACCAACCCCCACAAACCCUCAGUCCGUCCGCAGAGGACACAGAGAGACGUAGAGGUCUGCUCAGGACGGCUCAAAGUCCCUCCUCACAGCAGACGGCCAAGAGACUCUGUCUGGAUGACUACAGUGUAUGUCCUCCCUAA